UGUUUCUCUUUCCGGAGUUGCUAUCUCGGCCGAGGUUUCCCGCGUCUCGACGCCUCUCGCCGGCUUCCUGGGUGGGGUCAGGGAGCGGAGCUGAAUCGCCACUUGUUGCGAGAGCCGAGAGAAGCGACCAGGUCGGGCUGGGCGGAGGCAGCUUCUUCUGUGCCGAGCACCUGGGGGGGUGUCACAGCACACGCAGCCGAACCUGCUCGGCGAAAUGGCUGACGAAAAGCAAGUGGAACUGUUCGUGAAGGCUGGAAGUGAUGGACAAAGCAUCGGCAACUGCCCAUUCUCUCAGCGACUCUUCAUGGUUCUCUGGCUCAAAGGGGUGACCUUCAACGUUACCACACUGGACAUGAAGAGGAAAUUUGAAAACCAGUACCUCAAGGAUUUGGCUCCGGGAGUUCAACCACCUUUCCUACUGUACGACAACGAGGUGAAGACGGACACCAACAAAAUCGAGGAAUUCCUGGAGGAAACCCUCUGUCCUCCCAAGUACCCACGCCUUGCGUCGAAGAACCCAGAAUCCAACACCGCUGGGAGCAACGUCUUCUCAAAGUUCUCUGCCUACAUUAAGAACCCCAAUCCCGGCAUGAAUGACAUACUGGAGAAGGGGCUGUUAAAAUCCUUGGCUCAGCUGGAUGAUUACCUCAACAGCCCACUGCCCGAUGAGAUUGACGAGAACAGCGCAGAGGACAUCGGCACAUCCACCAGGAAAUUUCUGGAUGGCAAUGAACUGACCCUUGCUGACUGCAAUCUCCUACCGAAACUCCACAUUGUGCAGGUGGUGUGUCGGAAAUAUCGGGGCUUUGAGUUCCCUCAGCAGCUCAAGGGUAUCUGGAGGUACCUACAGAAUGCCAACAACUGCGAGGAAUUCAUGAAUACCUGCCCAAAAGAUGAAGAGAUCGAGCUUGCCUACGCGACAGUUGCCAAGCCUCUCAAGUGAAAGAGCUUCGUCUUUUAGAAUAUUUUGAGCUGAGCUAUGUUCCGCCAGUUAGAUUAUCCACGUAAUCCAAGACAAUAAUUGAAAUAUUUCCCCCUUUUGUUUAAAAAAAUUAUUUCUCCAACAUUCAGUCGCCUAGUUGUCUUUUUAUUUGCUUUUCUCAAAAAUAAAUAUUUAUGUUGAGCAGCUGUUAUAAGAUGGUUUAAAUGGAACAGUUUUUGGUUCAAUAUUUCUUUAGUUCCUGCCCACCCCCCCCCCCCCCCCCAUCCUCCAUUUGUGGUUGUCUUUGAGGUUUAGUUAACUUUCUUCACCUCACAGGUAUAAGGUACCAACCAAUUAAGUCUGACCUUGGGCCUUGGUUAUCAAAUACACCUUUGAUGGGUAUCACUGUAAUGUCUGUUGUCCUCUUUUGGCCUCCAUUCAUUUGGUGCCUCCACAGUUGUGUAGUGCUAACAUGAGUUCACCGAUGUUUAGAAGUGAGAGGUAAACCAUAAGGUUGAGGGGCAGAAUUAAGCCAUCAAGUUCUCUCCUCCAUUCGAUCAUGGCUGAUUUUUCCUUUCCUUAGCCCUUGGUAACCCUGUCACCAACCAGAAUCUCUUGAUCCCUGUUUCACCCAAUGAUUUGGCCUCCAAAAAUCUCUGCAGUAAAGAAUUCAAUAGAUUUACCACCCUCUGGCUAAAGAAAUUCCACAUCCUCUCUGUUCUAAUGUCCCUUUAUUCCAAGUGUUCCCUCAGAUGCAAGACUCUCCUAUUGAUUGAAACAUCCUCGCCAUGCCCACUCUAUCUAGGCUUUUACUUGGUAGGUUUCAAUGAAAUCCUCCCCUUCCCCUCCAUCCUUCUGAACUCCAUUGAGUAUAGGCCCAGAGACAUCAAAUGCGCCUUGUAUGGUUCGUUCAUUGUGUGCUGUGUCAUAUGACAUAGGCGAUCAUGGUCUUGGGCGAUUUUUUUUUUUACAGAACUAGUUUGCCAUUGCCUUCUUCAGGGCAUGUGUCUACAAGACGGGUGAGCCCCAUCCAUUGUCAGUACUCUUCAGAGAUUGCUGGGGGUCAGUGGUUGCACAACCAGUACUUGUGACUAGGUAGACAAGGCCUCAAGCCAAGGUGUUGCAGCUGCCCAGGAGAGAGAUAUUGGAGUUGGUGCUGGAGGCUAUGAGGUGCAGCAACCAUGCAGGUGGCGUCAGUGCUGCCCUCCAGUAUUCGCUUGGCAGAAGACAUGCUGAAAUGCAUUAGACUGCAGACGGCUGCAACAUUCAUAAACUCAAGAGCUUGUGUUUUUUUUGUAUGACUGUAUUUUACUGAUAUCUUAUAUGCGCCAUGUUCAGUGUAUGACUGUUGGUACUGAUUUUGCACCUUGAUCCCGGAGGAACAUUGUUUUGUUUAUCUGUAUUCAUGGGCAUUCAUGUAUAGUUAAAUGACAAACUUGAACUUGAAAGGUUAUGAGGAGCAAUUAAAAAUGCAGAGCUGAGGCUGCAAUGCUCUUUUCUGGACAUGCUGUCUGACUCUGUAUUGCUAGUAUGCAUGGUGGGUGUGGGGAAAAUUCAAAUAGACAAGUUAGGGUUAGGGCAAGUAAAUUUCUCUUUCCACAGAUGCAACCUGACCUGCAGAGUGUUUAAAGCAUUCCCUGUUUUAGUUUUUAGAUUCAGUGUAAAAUGGGGAUGAAUGACUCAUGGGCUGAUGGGACUGUGUCUAACUGGUAGGCACAGUAGUGUAGUGGUCAGUACAGGUGACCCGAGUUCAAUUCCUGUCGCUGCCUGUAAGGAGUUUGUAUGCUGUCCAUGCAUGGGCUUUCCUUCAAGUGCUCCAGUUUCCACUCAAAGCCACAUUGGUUGGUAGGAUAAUUAUUAUAGAUUGUUAUAUUAUAGAUUGCCUUAUGAUUAAAUUGUGGGAUAGCUGUACCACAAUGCUUGAAGCUGGACCAUGCUGUAUCUCAAUAAAUAAAAUAAAUAUCCAAUUGUUUUACUAUUAUCACAUAUACCCAUUUAUAUUGGUGAACAUUGCUUUGCAUGCCAUCUAGACAGAUACAGUAUAUUGAGGCAGUACAAAGUAAAGAGGAUGACAAUGCAGUAUUACAGCCACAGGGAAUGUACAGUGCAGGUGGACAAUAAGGAGAGUUAGAUUUAGAGAUUAAAGAAUUAGAACAGUACAGUUCCUUUGGUCCACAGUGUUGUGCCAGCCUUUUAACCUACUCCAAAAUCAAGCUAACCCAUCAUUCCCAUAUAGCUCUCCAUAUUCCUCUCAUCCAUCUGCUUAAGACUGGCACAUUGGCCUUCAUAAGUCAAAAGUAUUGAGUACAGGAGUUGCAAUGUAAUGUUGACAUUGGUGAGGCCUAAUUUAGAGUAUUGUGUGAAGUUCUGGUGACUCCCUGCAGGAAAAACUAUAGAGUGCAGAAAAAAUGUUACAAGGAUGUUGUUGGGACUUGAGGACCUGAGUUACAAGAAAAAGUUGUAUAUUCCCUAGAGCAUAAAAGAACAAGUGAUAUUUGACAGAGAUAUACACAGUUACGAGGGUAUAGAUGGGGUAAAUGCAAGCAGGCUUUUACCACUGGGUUGGGAGAGACUAGAACUAGAGGUCAUGUGUUAAGGGUGAAAGAUCAAAUAUUUGAGUGUGGGGCAAGCUGCCAGAGUAAGUGGUGGAUGUGAUUUUGAUUUCAACAUUUAAGAGAAAUUUGGAUAUGUAUAUGAAUGGGAGAGCUAUGGUCCAGCUGCAGUUUGAUAGGACUAGACAAUAUUUCAGCAAGGAUUAGAUGGGCCAAAGUGCCUGCUUCUGUGCUGUAGUGUUCUGUGACUCUUGACUCUGGCUUUCUUGAAUGUCCCUAAUGUGUCUUUCUCUACCACUACCCCAGGCAGUGUAUUCCAUGCACUUAGCACACUGUGGGGGUGGGAAACAACAUCUUCAGCAUCCACCCAUAGUUUCCUCCAAUCACCUUAAAAGUAAGUGUUGCCUUGUAUUGGCCAUUGCCACUCUGGGAAAAGGGCACUGGGUGUUCAUUCUAUCUGUGCCUCUUGUCUUACACACUUCAUCAAAUCAUCUCUCUUUGUUCUUCACCCAAAGACAGAAGCCUUGGGUUGCUCAGCCUUCCCUAACUAGCACACUACGGCUGUUCUGCUUUCUCGCUGUUUCUUGUUCUUUAUCUAUGAGGUAAGAGGUAGGAAGGUCAGUGAAUAUGUUUAAACAGGGAGCUGGAGGGUCUUCACCCGUUCAUUUUCUCAAAGCCAGAAGUCCCAGUUUCGGCCACAAGGACUGUGAGGUGUCUGUCACAACCAUGGAUUCGGCAAUUGCACUCGUGAAUAUGCACGUGUCCCCUAAUUAUUAUUUCUUUGUGAUAGUAUUUAACUCCAUUCAUUCUGUCGUUGCAUUCGUCGAGACUUGGAAACAGCAAUGUUUGCAGUACUCUUUGCUCGAGAAAUCGGACUGUCGAGUCCACUGACUCUGAAGACUAGCGAUAUUCGUUUUAUCUUAGUUCUUUUCAGCCGCAGUGUAGGCUUCGUUUUCCAUGUGAGAGUUUUAGUUAACGGCCCAGUUUAGCCCAGCGUAUAUUGUUUUAUUUUCCCUUUAAUACUGUUCGCAUUAAAGUCUGUGAACUAUC